AAUUUGAAUAAGCCACUUGAUUUGUUUUUUGAUGCCUUCAAUAUGCUAUUAAUCCAUCAUUUAAAGGAUAUAUUUUCUUGUGAAAUUUUAUACUGUUAUCAGAUCAUCUUUUAAAAGCAAACAAACCCCCAAACCUGGUCGAUGUCACAUAAAGCAUUGCGUGUGUUUGCGAUAAGAUCAAUCGCAUCGGGAUCAACAGCACGUCAUACACACCCAUCGGUAGAUCAUCUCGGAAGCAGUAAGUGAACCGAAAUUUAUUGCCAAUGAUGCAAACAAAACGGCAGCAUACUUUAACUGAUAACGGAAAGCAGCAUUUUCAAACGCCACAACGUAUUCCGAUGUCGUUCGCACAGUCGGUACAGUAGUGUAGUUUGAUGAGUAAGCAAAGCAUCGAUGAUAAGCGGUAGCAACGAUCCACGGUUGUAGUUUCGUGUCUGCAUCACGUCUAGUGUGCGCCAGUCUGGAAUGUACAGAAAUUGCAGUCUCCGUGGCUCCAUUAUCACCACGACGAUAUCAUCCCGUAGCAUUACACCUAUUCUCAGAAUCUACCCCACGGGUUUGUCCGUUUAAUUACAACCAAACAAACAGAAGAUUUGAUGCAGCGAACAUUAAACAUUUGGAGCCACCUUUACGCGAACUACACACAACAGCCUACUGUUGUAUCCAUGUCCAAACGCUUGCGACAGGCAAACAGCAUGCAGUCGGUAGCACAUUGCGCUCGAGCGCGCGCGCGCGCUCGCGUCACAGCUUUACUGCAUGGUCAUAUUUAGCAAAGCCCGCGUUCUUCACGGUAAUCUUGGCUAAGAUUUAAUUGUGAGAGGUUUAUUUACAGCUGCGCGCGCUUGUCAACCAUAAGCCGAACUCUCUGGGAUGGAAGUUUCUCGCUUUUGUUUGUGGAUUAAGUAGCUAUUCUUAUUUUAAAAAAGCAGAAACUUGUUCUGCAUUCAAAUUACUGGUUUUAUUUCGCUGGUAUACUGCCAAAAAAAAUACAUUCAAUUAAAAACUAAUCAAAUGAAAUCAGCUUAAACCGUGUGCCAAACUAGAACAUUCGCUACCACGAGCCAAAAGUAAAAACACUUCACAUUGCAUUGAUAGGAAUCAACGGACCGCGUGCCUUGCGUUCCUCCUUACUAGACCAACUUGGGUUUAAUUAACUUCCAAAAAUUAUUGUAGCACACACACAUAAAUAAAACAAAAAACUAAAUCUUAACAUUAUCACUUAUGUUUCGCAUUAAAAAAAUGACAAAGAGCCGCUUCCUCUCCAAAGCAUUCGGAAACGGAGUUAGUAUUAUUCUCUUCCCUUUUUUUUGUUUUGUUUGAGGGAUAAUAAGAUCAGCAUACCAUACCAUUAGAAACCUUUUUAAGUGGGGAGGGAGCCCGUUGGCUUUGGCGUCGUAUUACCACGCACAAAUACACAAAUAGAUUGACUAUUAGAGAGAAGAGGGGACAAAAACUAUUUGAAGAAAUGUGAUAACGUUGCCUCCGCGCGAAAGCUUUUUGUGGCCUACUGAGGCGAAACAGCAGAGAGUAUGUUCGCGCGCGCGCGCGCAAGGGAGAGAGAGAGAUAGCGAUGGAACGGCAGGACGAACGAGACACAGUCACACACAGACACGCAGCACGUACCGGUUCAUGUCUCGUCCAAAGGCUUUUUCUGUGGCCGUAGACCCUACGCUGGGCUCAAUUCCGUUCGAACGCUUGGCCGUGCCGGUUCUCUGCGGAAACAGACGCUGGAUCUCACGCGUACACGUGUUUUAGUGUAGCCGCUUACGUUCCUAUUUAUUAUUUCUCCGUGUCGUCGUCGUGCCUUUUGUUUUGUGUGAAGUGUGAUUGCGUGUUUUGGUUUGUGUUAAGGCUCUAAUAGUUAAGGAUAUAAAGUAACAAAACAACUCCCGCACACAAAAAUGGCAACUGCAAGCGACAGCAAGUACAAGCGCACCAACACGAACGGCAUGCAGCAUCACCCGCUGGAUGUGGCCAUCGUUGGUGGUGGUUUGGUUGGCUCACUGUUGGCGCUUCACCUGGGCAAGAAGGGCCACGAGGUGAAUCUGUACGAAUACCGUGAAGACAUCCGCACGGCCGAGCUGGUGAUUGGGCGCAGCAUUAACCUAGCCCUGUCCGCGCGUGGCCGCCGGGCGCUGGCCGAGGUGGGGUUGGAGGAUGCCCUGCUCAACCACGGCAUACCGAUGUCCGGCCGUAUGCUGCACGACGUCAACGGCAAGUGCAAAAUCGUCCCGUACGAUGCAAACACCAACCAGUGCAUCUACUCGGUCGGCCGAAAGCAUCUGAACGAGGUGCUGCUCAACGCGGCCGAGAAAUACCCGAACAUCCACCUGCACUUCAACCACAAGCUGGUCAGCGCCAACCUGGACGAGGGCAACCUGUCGAUGGUUGACCCCGUCACGAAAGAUGUCAAGAGCGCCCGGGCGGACCUGAUCGUCGGCUGCGACGGGGCGUACAGUGCGGUGCGGAAGGAAAUCGUCAAGCGGCCGCGGUACGACUUCAGCCAGACGUACAUCGAGCACGGCUACCUGGAGCUCUGCAUACCGCCGACCGCCGGCGGGGAGUUCGCGAUGCCCCACAACUAUCUGCACAUCUGGCCGCGCGGCCAGUUCAUGAUGAUCGCGCUGCCGAACCAGGACCGCACCUGGACGGUGACGCUGUUCAUGCCGUUCACGCAGUUCCACAGCAUUACCGACCAGGGCCUGCUGCUCGACUUCUUCCGCCAGCACUUCCCGGACGCGAUCGAGCUGAUUGGGCGCGAGCGGCUGGUGAAGGAUUUCUUCAAAACGAAGGCCCAACCGCUGGUGAUGAUCAAGUGCCGGCCGUACCACAUCGGCGCGAAGGCACUGAUCAUUGGCGAUGCGGCGCACGCGAUGGUCCCGUUCUAUGGGCAGGGCAUGAACGCGGGCUUCGAGGACUGCAGCGUGCUGACGGAGCUGUUCAACCAGUACGGGACGGAUCUGACGCGCAUACUGCCCGAGUUUAGCGAGAAGCGCUGGGAGGAUGCCCACGCCAUCUGUGAUCUGGCAAUGUACAACUACAUCGAGAUGCGCGACUUGGUUACCAAACGGUCGUACCUGCUGCGCAAGAAGCUGGACGAGCUGCUGUUCUGGAUGAUGCCGAACACGUGGGUCCCGCUGUACAACUCCGUCUCGUUCUCGCACAUGCGCUACAGCAAGUGCAUCGCCAACCGGGCCUGGCAGGAUAAGAUUCUCACACGCGUACUGUACGGUGCGUCGAUUGCGUCGGUUGCCGCUAUCGGCGGUCUCUGCUACCGGCACGUGACUAUGGGCCAUCUCGAGCGGCUGUCGACGCGCAUCCUAUCCACCUUCCAGCUGCUGAAACCGAAAGCAAGCGUCUAACUGUGCCCCCCCGUACCAUUCGUUUAUUGCUAAAAAAUAAAACUUAUAUACUCAUUCAA